AUGGGUGAUGCUCCCGACUAUGACAAAAGCCAGUGGCUGAAUGAGAAACUCAGGCUGGGCCUGGACUUUCCCAGUCUGCCCUACUUAAUUGAUGGGCCUCACAAGAUCACCCAGACUAACGCUAUCCUGCACUACAUUGCCUGCAAGCACAACCUGUGUGGGGAGACAGAAGCAGAGAAGAUUCCUGUGGAUAUCCUGGAGAACCAGGUUAUGGACUCUCGAAAUGAGCUGGCCAGGGUGUGCUACAGCCCUGAUUUUGUGAAAGCUGAAGCUGAAAUAUUUGAGGGGCUCCCUGACAAGAUGAGGCUCUUCUCACAGUUCCUGGGGCAGUGGCCAUGGUUUGCAGGGGACAAGAUCACCUUUGUGGAUUUCCUUGCUUAUGACAUCCUUGAAUGGAACCGUAUCUUUGAGCCUAAGUGCCUGGAUGCGUUCCCAAACCUGAAGGACUUCAUUGCCCACUUUGAGGGCCUGAAGAAGAUCGCGGCCUACAUGAAGUCCAGCUACUUCCGCCCAACUCCUGUCUAUAUGAAGACGGCCUUGUUGGGCAAUAAGUAG